AUGGCACAUCUGACGCACUUCACGCUGCAAGUCCACGCCGACCAUGCCUCCUCCCCCUCCUCAGUCAUGUCAACUCCCUCGAUACUACCCGCCUCACCUUCCCUCCUCACCCUCUCGCAAUUUCUCGCCGCGCCGCGCGAUCGCGCCGUUUUUCUCACCGCGGUGCGGCAGCCGGCCGACGCCGCGUCGCCUUCGUCAUCGGAGUACCUCAUUCGCGACCACGCGGCGCCACGUACUUCCACGUCAGCAGAGCCGUAUGCUGCGUCACCGUUCGGCCCAGGCGACUCGUUUCGAGUCGCAGGCGAGGUGGUGGGAUGCGUGCGUGGGAACUAUGGCGGCACGCAUUUCAUUCUAGCGUCAUGCACGCCGCGGUCCACGGCGGGAAAAGAUGGUACCACUAGCAGCGAACCGCACGGAACGGUUACCAACGAUGGCGAAAUACAUCGAAGCAGCAGCUACGACGAUGUUACAAAAAGCAGGUCACAGCGGAGUGCGGGCGAUGAGCGAGGGCGGGCGCGGGGCCGUGGGGGAGGCGGAGAGAGGGAGGGGAGAGCGCGGAGCGCAUCGGGGAAGGAAAUCUCGCCGCCGCGCGGCGGAAUCAAGAAAGCGGAUGCUCCCGGCAAGGGCGGAAAGGCAGGCAUAGAUUCUAAAUCUGGAAAGGGGUUUCGUCGCAAGAAGGGAAGAUCGUUGUCGCAUGGCGAUUUUCUUUUCGCGAGAGGGUUGUCGCAUGUCGACCGUGCGUCGUCCAGCCUCGCCGGUGGCGCCUUGAUCGACGGCGAUGCGCGUGUCUCUGAAAACUCCGACGCGUCUCCCCGGCACGUGGCUUCAGCGCAAGCGGCCUUCGCGCCGCUGCUGAUCGGAUGGCUGCCCGUAAAGAGCGGCAGGGGCGGCGGAACCGCGGGGGAUGACGGCGCGAGAGGAUGGGGCGGAGCGGGAGGAGCGGGGGCGCGGGGGAUUGGGGGGCUAGGAGCAGCAGGGGGAUGGCUGACGUGGAAUGCGCGGCGCGGCUCAGGAAAUGCGCGAGCGAAGGGCGACGACGAGCGGGCGGGCGACGAGCAGAGCGAGUCGCAGGAAGAAGCGACGCGGGGGAAAGCCUCGCAGCGAGAAGAGUCGCAGAGAGCAGAGUCGCAGAGGGACGAGUCGCAGGAAGAAGGGGAGAAGCGAUUGACGGAGAAAGGCAAGCCGCAAGGCGUGUUCGGCGUAUCCUGGGCUCAGGUACGACCGCGUCCCCUCUAUACGCAGACUCGCUUUAGUGUAUUUCACGUCGCCGUGUGGAAGACAGCGCGCGUAACGCCGUGCCCGCCCGUCGUCUCCCGCCCGCAGGUGGCGAGUGUUGCGGCGCGGGGGAGCACGGGGGCGCACGCGGGGGGAGAACGGCGGGAGGGGGGUGACAAUAACGAAGGGGAAGCUGUGGGGCCUGGGAACGGUGUCGUGAAGGGCGGUGCAGGUGAUUAUAAAGGGAGUGCGAGUGGCAAUGCUGCAGCGGGUGCGAAUUUCAACAACGCGUUGUGGCGUGUCUUUAGGAGCGCGCAGGGGAGUGGCGAGGAUUGUGCUAAUAACGAGGUGACUGUUGAGUCAAGUGAGACGUGUUCCAGUAACGAAGUGGCGCCAGAGAAGGCCGCGUUGCACGGUGGCGGCGCGUUUCACGGAGGCGGCGCGCAGCUGUGGGGCAGUGCCAGGUGGACGGCGCGCGGGCGCGGAGGCGGGGCGGACAACUUGUCCCCAUCUGUGUUUCUCCGCGCAAUCAAGGGAGUGGGCGCGCGCGGAAGCGGUGCUGCUGGCGGGGGCGGGGAUGGCGGAGGUGGCGGCGGUGUGGUGGGCAGUUGGGGGAGGGCGAGCGGGGACAGGCUGAGCGGGUGGGCGUGGGUAGACGCGUGGGGGGUCGGAGAGAGGGGCGCGGGCGCGGACGAGGGGCCGCGGAGCAGGGGGGCGGGGAAGGCGCACGGGGAGGGGGGAGGCGGGAACGACGGGAAAGUGUGUGGAGAGGAGGAGAGUUCAGGGGAGUCUGGGGACCCGGGAAGGUGGAGAGAUGCAGGGGCGGAGGGAGCGGGUAAUGAAAGUGGGGAAGAGGGGAAGAGAGUGGGGAGUGGGCAGGCGGAAGAAGGGGCCAUGGGAUUGGGGGAGGAGGGGAGGCGGAAGGAACAAGAGGGGCUGCGAGUGGGUAGGGCGGUAGAAGUGGGCAGUGUUGCUGACGUACGCAGUAGUGCUGACGUGGACAGUGGUUCUGACAUGGACAGUGUGGUGCACAAGGCAGCGGACGAGCAGGCAGGAGAAGCCAAAUCAGUUAGCGGGGAGGAGGGGACGCCAUGGCGGGAGGAGGGGACGCCAUGGCGGGAGAAGGAGGGGGCCAGUGCCAGUGAGGAUGGCUGCUACAGCAGGGGGAGUGGGGGGAGAGGGGGGCCUGACCAGGGCUGUCAGCAGCACAAUGACUCUGUUGAUGCUGUUGACUCGGUUGACUCAGCCGACUCGGGUGACUCAGUGGGCGCGGUUGACUCAGUUGACUCCACAGAGGAUACGGCAUGCUCCAGUGGUGCUGGUGGUGCUGCUGGUGGUGGUGGCAGCCCGUUGCUGAGGUCGUCUACAUCCAUGCCCUCGCUGCAUGCCCGCCGCCCCUCCCGCCAUGCCUCUGCCCUCGCGCAUGCUCUUGUCCAUGCGCAUCCCCAUGCCAACCCGCACGUGCAAGCAUCAGCCGUGGUUCUGAGUGCGCAGGGUGCUGCUGCUCCUCACAUGCGACCUUCCGCCUCGUUCUCAGGGCCGCUAGUGCAGCCAGGAGCGACAGCAGCAACCAAGUCUGGUCCUCUGGUGGUGCCAGCACCAGCAGGAAGGGCGGCAGCAGGAAGGGCGGCAGCAGGAACAUCCGCUCACCCUGGUGGUAACCGCAGCCGCAGUGCCAAUGCUGGCAGCAACAGUGGGAGCAGCAGUGUGCAGUUGGCAGGCAAGGCAGAGGCGCUGAUUCGGUUCAUCGCCUCUCCUGCUGCUGCACCCUCUGCUGUGCCCCACAGCAUGCCUCGACUGUGGGCCAACACCAGCAGCGGUGGCAGCAGCAUAAGCAGUAGAAGCGGUAGUGGUAGCGGCAGGGGAUGGGUGAUGGAGUGCACUCUGCUGGCAGGGCUGGGGCGUACGGCGGGACAGGGGGGCGGUGGAGGGGAAGGGAGUGGAGGGAACUCAGGUCAGGCAGGCCAAGGUUCGGUGCAGGUUCGGAAUGUGCAGCUGGUGGCGCAUGUGGGUGGCGCUGCUGCUGCCCCUGUUGCUGCCCAUGCGUCUGGUACUGCUAAUACUACUGCUAGUGCUGGUGUUGGUGCUGGUGCUGGUGCUGGUGCUGGUGCCGGCGCCGGUGCUGGUGCUGGUGCUGGUGGUGCUGGUGGUGGAGCUGUGCUCGAGGUGCAUCUGCGGGAUGAAGGGGAGGGGAAGAGGGUGGAGGGUGGGGAGGGGGCAGCGGAGGCAUGUGUGGUGCGGGUGGUGAGGAUGAGAGGAGGACGAGGGGAAGGGGGCAAUGGAGCGGAGGGAGCAGGGCAGGGCAGGAGGGUGAGUGCCCCUGGGAUGCUGGCCACAGCUGCAGCAGCAGCGACAGCAGGUGCAGCCGCAGUGGGUGCAGCAGUGGUUGCAGCAACAGGUGCAGCAAAGGGCACAGCGACGGGUGCAGACGCAGCAGCAGCAGCAGCAGCAGCAGCAGCAGCAGCAGCAGCAGGAGGAGGAGGGGGAGGGGGGGUGUAUCUCUUGUCUCUGGAUACCACAGCAGUCACCCCCCUGCAGGCGCUAGGCAUGUGUGUGGCAUGGCUGGACAGUGCUGCUGCCAGGCGCCCUCUCGUGUAG